UUUAUUGUCCACUGGAGAAUCUCUGCUUGGUUGUGUAUAUAUGUGAGUGUGUGUUGGGCUAGACACACAGGAGAAAAAGAGCGACAGCUGACAAGAGGUGGAGAGGAGAAUUUCUUACAGGGUAUCGUCAACUACUCAACCAUCAUGUCUCAACCAGGUCAGGAGGAAGAUGAACAAAUGAAGCGCCCUGAAGUGAGAGACGAGGACCUGACUGAAGCAAAAAGCAAACUGGGUACCGGUGGGCCAGCGAAGAGCAAGACAUUUGAAGUAAUGGAGGAGUGCGAGAAAAUGGGCAAAAUUGCUCCCUCUGUGUUCAGUGGAGUGAGGUCAGGAGCAGAGACUGUUUUCAACACACGUACAGCUCGACCAGUCAGAAAAUAGCAGGGGACUUCCUGCCCAUGAUUGGACAGCACCUGUUCCAUGUUAGGGGUUUGAGAUCAGUUGUUUUCCAGCUGCACUUCAGUCCAUGAAAAAUUCUGCUUUAAGCUAUUUUUUUUAAAAGUGGCCUCAUGUUGUUAAUCAGAGUCCUGCUUGUGUUUUUGCACUUAAAAGGGUUAGUUACAGCAUGUUUUUGCACUUACGUUAAUACUGCUAAAUAAGUACUAAUACAUCCCUUAAUUUCUAUACACAGAAAUAAUUUUUGAAAUAGAAAAUUGUGUUUAUUUAACCAUUAUUCUGUUUUCUUCUCACUGGGAUUCACCCACUGAACAUAUGCAAUGCUUCAAAUGAUACAUUUGAACUUGUGAAAAAACUGCAAAACAUCAGUGAGCCUUACAUGCAUUUCUAAAUUAACAUUAAAAAAUAAACCUAAUUUGGCCUAUAUGAUUGUGAGGGUUUCAAUGUCACAAUUAUGGCAAAAAAAAAAAUUAUUUGAGAUGAAUAAAAG